GUUGGGCAGACAAAAGUUUGCAGCGUUGAAGCUUUGAGCUGACGUCACUUUUGUUCCUUGAAGUGAUGCUGAACAAGCCUUGAGAAGAGUCUGUUGGAUCCACACACUCACACACACAUUCACCCAGACUCAAUUACUGCCCAAUUCUCUUCUAUCAUCUCCUGCCACCGUCCUCAAACAACGCGAAAUCGUAAAAGGAAUUAAUUUUGGGCUCUUUUGAAAACGAACUAUAGGAGGAUUCUUCUAGCGCGGACACUAAGUUUGCAGAGUCGUGAUGUCACAGACCUGAGGACGCUGUCCCCUGAUAUGGAGUCUGCAGAGCGGCUAGCCUCCCCGUCGACAGCCUCGUCCUCCCUGCACAUGGCCUCCUCCACGGUGUCCUCAGCCAGCUCCUCCCCGGCCCCUGCCCCGGCCUCCGCCCCGGCCCCAGCCUCAGCCCAGACCCCCUCCUCUAAGUGCAGCACAGCCCCCAGCCCUCCCAGCCUGGCCUCCACUCUCACCACCUGUGGACAACUGUUCCGGACCAUGGGGGAGCAGCAUUUCAACAUGGCCGUCUCCAGUGCCUUUCCCUUCAACCACCCGGCGUUCGGCCUGUACACCACGGCCUCGGGCCGGCCGGAGUUUGGAGGCCUGGGUAGCCUGGGGAUGUCUGCCGCCCUGGCCGCCCACUCCCAGCUGGGUGGGUUCCCAGACUGGUGGCGGUCCUCAGAGGCUCACGGCCACGGGCCCUUCUUCCCCCCCCUCCUGGGUCUGCCCCCCUUGUUCGCGCCCUCCCUCCCCACUCACGCCUCCAGCCCCUACCAGUCGCGGACCCCCAGCAAGAACGGCCGUGCCACAGCCAAAGGACUGAACGGGGCGCUGAACGGUGGUGUGGUCCCAGGAAGCUCCUCGGGGAACCACAGCUUGUUCUCAGCCAAGGCAGCCUCGGAGAGCUCCAGGGCCAACGGCCGCACCAGCGAGGCGGACCUGGGCCAAGCACAGGACACGAGCGCUCCCAAAACAAAGGACAAGAAACGCAAGAAACCUUUGGAGACGUCCAGUGUGAGCGGCAGCGAAUCAGGAUCCUCCGUUUCGUCCUGCGACGACGUGAGCAGCGACUCGGACGACCUGGACGAGGACGAGGACGACGAGGAUGAUCAGAGCAUCGACAGCGGCGACUCGGACUCGGAGAAGGAUGGCCGCUUCAAGAUGAAGGGUCUGACCCAGGGCACGUCUGAGGGGAAGCAGGAUGUCCACCCUGAGAAGACCCCAGACAGCCAGAGCGGGCUGUCUAAGAAGCACCGGAGAGAUGGCCCCUUCUCGCGCUGCCUGUCCUCCCAGGCCGGCCCUCUCCCCUCGGCCGCGGCCCAGGCGGCGGGGCCCCUCUUCCAGAGCCCCAGGUGCAGGGAGGCACAGCAGCAGCACACCAGCGUCAUCCAGGCCACGGGGCUGGCUGUCAUCAGCAGAGCCCUCCCUCUGUCCUCACACACACACAGAGAGAGCCCCUGUGUGCCCCCCCGGGCCUCCCCCAAGCACUCCUCCUCCUCUUCGCCCAAACACAACUCAGUCUCUUCUUCCCCCAAGCCCCUCUCCCUCUGCACUUCACCCAAACCUCUGUCUGUUGCCUCCUCUCCCAAGCCUCCCUCCCUCUCCCCCUCUCCCAAACCGCCGACGCUCUCCCCCUCACACCAGCCCGCCAGGUCCCGUACCUCCUCCCCCAAACCCCUGGCUUUGGCGGGGCGCAGCAGGGGCGGCAGCAAGGGCUACUCUGACGACAUGAUGUCACACAUCAACAGCUUCAGAAUACACCCGCCCUUCCUCUCCCAGGAGCACUUCAAACAGGCCUUCCCUCUGUCGCUGAAGAAGCAGGACUCGUUCAAGAACCAGAGGAAGAUGGCCCCCUCCUCCUCUUCCUCCUCCUCCUCCUCCUCCUCCUUACCUCCCCCCAGGCUGUCUCCAGAGACCCUGGCCAGUCACAAACUGACGUCCUCACUUCACGCCAGCCACUCCAACCUGUUCCUGGCCAACCCUCUGCUGAUCCACCACCACCAGCAGCCCCCCAACGGGGUGAUCCACAGCUCGGUCCAGGAGGCCCCCCUGGCCCUCAUCACCAGGCCCCGCGGCCAGAGCUCCAGGCCCCCCAGCAGGCCCCUGCUGGCCGCCACCAGCCCCCACUUCUCCAUGCCCAUCAACCUGAGCACCGGGACCAAGGAGGCAUCGGCGGGUGCUGUGUCCCAGGCCUCCACCUCACCCGGCCUGGCCCACAGGCCCAGGAAGAACAAUACCCCCAAGGCUCUCCACGCCAGGAAGCCCCUCCUCCACGCCCCCCUGGCCCCCUCCCUGCACGCCCCCCUGGCCCCCUCCCUGGUGGAGCUGGUCAGGGGCACCGAGUCUGACAUCCCCAGCAGCAAGGACUCGGACGACUCCUUAGGGGACGAGGACGAAGAUGAGGAUGAUGAGGAUGACUCGGACGACAGUCUGUCGGAGUCUGACAGUAAUCUGGAGAGCGACUCCGACGGCUCUGAAGACGAGUUGAAGGAGCGCGAGGCCCCAGACAGGAAGCUCUCCAGAGCAUCCGCCACCUCCUCCUCCUCCUUGCUCCUCAACGCCACCUCCUCCUCCUCGCUCCUCAACGCCUCCUCCGGCCUGUCGGCCAGCUGCUCCCCUCUCAACCUCCAGGUGGCCAGGCCCCUAAGCUUGGCCCCUCCCACCACGGUGACCAGCGCUGGGGGGGCCCUGGCCUUCCACGCCCCCCCCUCCUCGUCCCACACUCUGACCACUCCACCAGGGUCAGGGAAGAGGAGGAGGGUGACAGACGAGAGAGAGCUGCGAUUACCUCUGGAGUUUGGGUGGCAGAGAGAGACCCGCAUCAGGAGCGUGGCGGGGCGUCUCCAGGGCGAGGUGGCCUACUACGCCCCCUGUGGGAAGAAGCUGCGUCAGUACCCCGACGUCAUGAAGUAUAUAUCCAGAAAUGGAAUAGCUGACAUCACACGUGAUAAUUUUAGCUUCAGUACAAAAAUAAAAGUUGGUGACUUCUAUGAAGCCAGAGAAGGACCUCAGGGUUUACAGUGGAGCCUGCUGACAGAGGAGGAGAUCGUUCCUCGCAUCAUAGCGAUGGACGGGAGGCGAGGCCGCCAGCCCAACCCCGACCUCCCGAGGGCGGUGGAGAGCCCCCCGGCCCGGCGCCGGAAGGGACGCUCCCUGAACGCCGGCGAGGACUUCCCAGGCGCCUCCGAUGCCAAACUUCUACGCAAACUGGAAGCUCAAGAGAUCGCACGACAGGCAGCUCAGAUCAAGAUGAUGAGGAAGCUGGAGAAGCAGGCUCUGGCACGGGCAGCGAAGGAGGCCCGCCGGCAGCAGGCUGUCAUGGCCGCGGAGGACAGGAGGAAACGGAAGGAGCAGAUGAAGAUUCUGAAGCAGCAGGAGAAGAUCAAGCGCAUUCAGCAAAUUCGAAUGGAGAAAGAACUCCGUGCACAGCAGAUUCUCGAGGCUAAAAGGAAAAGGAAGGAAGAAGCAGCCAAUGCCAAAAUAUUGGAGGCUGAGAAACGAACCAAGGAUAAGGAGAUGCGCAGACAGCAGGCGGUUUUAUUAAAGCACCAGGAGUUGGAGAGGCAUAGACUAGAUAUGGUAUGGGAGCGGGAGAGACGGCGACAGCACAUGAUGCUGAUCAAAGCCAUGGACGCUCGUAAGAAGGCAGAGGAGAGGGAGCGCCUGAAGCAGGAGAAGAAAGAUGAGAAACGCUUAAACAAGGAGAGGAAACUGGAGCUCAGGAGACUGGAACUGGAGAUGGCCAAGGAGCUGAAGAAACCAAACGAAGACAUGUGCUUAGCGGAUCAGAAGCCGCUGCCAGAGUUGUCCCGGGUCUCGGGCCUGGUGCUCCCAGGCAGCACGUUCUCAGACUGCCUCAUGGUGAUCCAGUUCCUGCGCAGCUUCGGCAAGGUGCUGGGCCUGGACGUGAGCGCCCAGGUGCCCCCUCUGAGCGUGCUCCAGGAGGGGCUGCUCAACAUCGGCCCCGCCGCCGCCCGCGUGCAGGACCUGCUGGUGCGCAUGCUCUCCUCCGCCGUGUGUGACCCGGGACUGCCCCCCGGACACCGGACCAAGACGGCCCUGGGGGAUCACCUGACUAACGUGGGCAUCAACAGGGACAACGUGUCUGAGAUCCUGCAGAUCUUCAUGGAGGCUCACUGUGACCAGCAGCCAGAGCUGCUGCCACUGGCCUUCAGCCUGAAGACCAGGGCCUUCCAGGCCCACACGCCCGCCCAGAAGGCCUCCAUCCUGGGCUUCCUGGUCAAUGAGCUGUCCUGCAGCAAGAGCGUGGUCAGCGAGAUUGACAAAAACAUUGACCAUAUGACCAAUCUGAGAAAGGACAAGUGGUUCCUCGAAGGAAAUCUACGCAAACUGAGAGUCGUCCACGCCAAGAAGACAGGGAAACGCGACAGCAGCGUGGGGGGGGAGGAGGGUCCGGGCCUGGGCACCCCCACCCCCGGACGCAAGCGCAAGAGGAAAGCUGCUGACAGUGAGGAGGAGGAGGAAGAGGACGAGGACAGCGAGGAGCAGGGCGACGAGGACGAGGAAGAGGAAGAGGAGGGCGGCGGCGGGAAGAGGGGGAAGAAGGUGGAGACCUGUGAGGAGGAGGACGACGGCGACCAGACGGCCAGCGUGGAGGAGCUGGAGAAACAGUUAGAGAAGCUGACCAGGCAGCAGAGCCAGAUCCGGAGGAAGCUGUUUGAGUCGUCCCACUCCCUGCGCUCCAUGAUGUUUGGCCAGGACCGCUACAAGAGGCGCUACUGGGUUCUGCCCCAGUGUGGGGGCAUCUUUGUGGAGGGCAUGGACAGUGGAGAAGGCCCAGAGGAGCUGGAGAAGGAGAGGCAGAGGAGCAGGAAGGAGGUGCAGGUGAAGGAGGAGCAGCUGGAGGAGUUGGAGGAGAAGCCUGGAGCCUGUAGUCUGGAGCUGGGCUCCCCCAGAGACACAGCCACCCCAGAGAACCAGCCGGACAAGGACUCCCUCAACCUGUUCCUCCAGAAGCCAGGCUCCUUCUCCAAGCUCAGCCAGCUCCUGGAGGUGGCCAAGAUGUCCCCGGACUCUGACAGCCACUCCCACAGCCACGGCAGCAGUCCUGCCAAACCCUCCACCUCUGUGUCCUCCCCAGUCCACGCCAGCGCUCAGAACACACUACCCAGCAGCCCCUCCGCCUCCUCCCAGCCGGGCGCGGAGGCCAGGCUGGAGCCAGGCUCCCUCCACGGCGCCCCCUACCUCAGCCCGGGGAGGCGGCCCGCCAGCCCCCAGCAGCCUCUGCUGCCCAGCGACCAGCUGCUCCGGGUGCUGACGGAGAAGAGUGGACACUGGUUCAGCCUGCUGCCGCGGUCGCCCUGCGACGGCUCCUCCGUCACCUCCCCUGGGUCCACCCCCUCGGCCCCGCCCUCCUCCUCCCCCCCACAGCCCGCCACCCUGCCCAGGUCCCCCUCGGCGCUGUCCCCCACCCCCCAGGCCCCCUCUACAGCAGCCAGCCCCGGGAACCCCACGGCUGCUAUCAGCCCUUUCGGGUUCACCUCUCUUCAGCAGGUGAAGUCUGGCCUUCUGAUGGGGCUGCCGUUUUGCGGCUGGCCCAGCGGGGUGAUGAGUCCUGGGCUGGCCUUCCCUGGCAGCCCCCUGAACCCCCUCCUGGGCGCCGCAGCCUACCAGCCCGGGGAGGGGGGACAGGGCAACCCCUUCCUGGCCCCCAGCAUCUCCACCAGCAAGAGCGAGUCCCCAGGGCCCCUGGGAGAGAAGCCCCCCUCAGCCCCGUCCCCCGCGGUGGAGCUGGCCAGGAACCAGGACCACGCCAGCCCCCUGCCCAUCCCAGAGGAGAUGCUGUGUGGCUGGUGGAGGGUGUCCGACCUGGAGGAGCUGCGGGGCCUGGUGAAGGCUCUUCACAGCCGGGGCGUCAGAGAGAAGGCCCUGCAGAAACAGAUCCAGAAGCAUAUGGAGCACAUGGCCCAGGCCUGCGCCAGGAACAGAGAUGUGUGUGUGAUAGACGAGAGGGAUCUGGACCAGAAGGAGGUGAACGUGGAGACUGUGGAGAGCUGGUGUGUGGAGGAGCAGGCCAUGGAGGUGGACAUCUCCGCCCUGCAGCAGGUGGAGGAGAUGGAGAGGAAGGUGACCUCUGCCAGCCUGCAGGUCAAGGGCUGGAUGUACCCUGAGCCCCAGUCAGAGCGGGAGGAUCUGGUCUACCAUGAACACAAGCCCUGGUCCUGUCCUGGUCCUGGUCUGGGUCCCGAGGCCCGCCAGGAGCAGGGAGAGCUGGGAGGCCGGGCACGGCGGCCCAACAACCCCCUAGAUAUAGCUGCUGCCAGGCUGGCAGAGCUGGAGAAGAACAUAGAGCGAAGGUACCUGAAGAGCCCCUUAAGCACCACCAUUCAGAUCCGUGUGGAUCAUGUGGGCACGGUCACUGUGCCCGCGCCCGCACCAUCCAGUAGUGGUGAUGGUGAAGGGGGCGAGGAGGAGCUGGCCCCGGGCAUGAAGACGUGGCGCCGGGCGCUGAGCGAGGUGAGCAGCGCCGCCCAGCUGGCUCUCUGUCUCCAGCAGCUGCACCGCUCCAUCGCCUGGGAGAGGUCCAUCAUGAAGGUGUACUGCCAAAUGUGUCGCAAGGGGGAUAAUGAGGAGCUGCUGUUGCUGUGUGACGGCUGUGACAAAGGCUGUCACACAUACUGCCAUAAACCUAAGAUCACCACCAUACCUUCCGGUGACUGGUUCUGUCCUGCUUGCAUAGCGAAGGCGAGCGGCCAGUUCCCCAAGAGCAAGAAGCAGAAGAGCCGCGUAGCUGCUGGGGGAGGAGGAGGAGCAGGAGGAGGAGGAGCAGGAGGAGGAGGAGGAGGAGGAGCGGUGAAGAGAGGAAGCAGCGAGGUGAAGCGGAGCAGGAAGACGUCCGUGGCGGGGGAGGUGUCUGAGGACGAGGGGGCCAGUACCUGCUGCGGGGGCAGCGGCACGCCCAGGAAAGGGAGCAAGGAAUCCAAGAAGAGGAGGGGGGAGAGCCCCCCCACCAACCCCCCCAGGCAGGACAGCCCGGCCUGCUGGGGGAAGAAAGCCAAAAUGGCCAAAGACAACAACAACAGCAAGGACCUCAACUUGUGCAGGGUGCUGCUGGCUGAGCUGGAGGGCCACCAGGAUGCCUGGCCCUUCCUCAUCCCCGUAAACCCCAAAUCUGUCCCUGGAUACAAGAAGGUGAUCAGGAAACCCAUGGAUUUCUCCACCAUCAGAGAGAAGCUGGUCAACAACCUGUACCUGAACCUGGAGACGUUUAUCAUAGACGUCAACCUGGUUUUUGAUAAUUGUGAGAAGUUCAAUGAAGACAACUCUGACAUUGGAAGAGCGGGCCACAGCAUGAGGAGGUUCUUUGAGAGGAGAUGGCCUGAGCUGCUGAGGCAGAUCAUCUAGAGCACCUCAGAGCCUCCUCCCCUCCUCCAUCUCUCUCUCCUCCAUCUCUCUCUCCUCCCUCCUCCAUCUCUCUCUCCUCCAUCUCUCUCUCCUCCCUCCUCCAUCUCCCACUCUCCUUCAUCUCUCUCCUUCUCUCUCUCCCUCUCUUUGUGGAAACCAGCUCCAGUACCCCACACUCCAACCCAACUCUAAGACUCAAACCAAGAAACGAAAUACAGAUAUAAUUGUUAUUUUAGAUUAUAUUGACUUUGCUGGUGUACUGUGCUGGUUUGGUGAAAGUGAAUCCAAGACGAUGGGUGUUUUAAAGUGCAAUACCAUUUCUUCGUAUUUCAACGCACUGACCACAACCAUCCGAACUGCAGCUGGGAACGAACGCUUUCUGCUGUUUAGAUAUGUCCUGUCUUUUAUUUCAUCAUUAAUUAAUUCUAGUGAAUGUAUUUAAUUUCUUGUCAAUUAUUUAUGUGUAGAAAAUGAUUCAGACUUCUUCUGAGAAAAUGAAGAAACAACAAAACUGCUUCAAAAAUCUUAAAAGAAUGUUGUCGCUUUUUUCAAAAGUAAAACAAAGCCAAGACAAAAAAAAAGAGAAUUGUUUACACUGCUCUGGGCCUCCAGAGCGCCAUUAGAGUCCUACGGUAAUACAUGUAAAAGCUGCAUUCAUGGAUGUUUGCAUUUCUACAACAAAAAAAACAGGCAACCACAAUGACACAUCUGUACAUACUGUUAAUUCAUGUUAAUACUAAGUCUUAUUUGUAAUAUGUAAGAUGUGUACAUAAAGUACUGUGUUGUGUCUGACAUUGUUUAUGCCUUAGAAUGAUUGUAGGGUUUCAUUUCUGUCUUAAAGUGAUAAAUACAUAUUGCCUGUACUGUUCUCCUCUGGAAAACACUGUGGUCUCCUCAAUCUUGGUAGUGCCUGCCCUCUUAAAAGUGUGUAGAGGAUUUUCAUUUCAAUAUUUGGAUUUUUGUACGUGUGGUGUGUCCAUUGUAUGACAUCCUGUAGCAAACCUUCAUCCCUCACGGUCCUCAGACCUGGUUCAUCCCCUCACGGUCCUCAGACCUGGUUCAUCCCCUCACGGUCCUCAGACCUGGUUCAUCCCCUCACGGUCCUCAGACCUGGUUCAUCCCCUCACGGUCCUCAGACCUGGUUCAUCCCCUCACGGUCCUCAGACCUGGUUCAUCCCCUCACAGUCCUCAGACCUGGUUCAUCCCUUCACGGUCCUCAGACCUGGUUCAUCCCCUCACAGUCCUCAGACCUGGUUCAUCCCUUCACAGUCCUCAGACAUGGUGAAAACAGUCUGGAUGUUUUAGUCAGCCAGGCGCUUCUCUCUAGUGGCCCCGGGGCGCACGACUCCAGAAGCCACUGUGUUUGACUCUUGCUGUGCGUGGCAGCCUACCGACGGCGGCUAGAGCAGUUUUUGUACCCGAGUCAAGAGUACUUGAAGUUAUUUUAUUUAUGAAUAUUGUGAAAGAGGUAGCAUUUUUUGUAGGAGCAUUAUUUUUCACUAGUGUGUGUGGCACGAAUCUAAUAAAACUGAUGUUUUUCAACUCAA